CUCCAAUUGAAGUCAGUUGCAGGGAAACCUUCACACUAUCGGGUCAUUUUGCACUAUAGUUAGUGUAGAAAUAGUUUAUUACAGCUUUUCCUUGUUACUAAUUAGUCAUCAGUUCAUUAGAUUGAGGUCGGCUGACGGUUACAUUCCAGUCAGUGAUAAAAUACUUCGCUAAUAAUUUAUGUAUACGGUUUGUUUCCGGUUUUGACGAAGACAAAUAUUUUUACAGAUGACAGUUCACAGUUAAUAAAUUAAAGCAAAAGGACAUGAAACGAAUAUAAAAUGUGUUUUCCAUUCAUUGGCGGAAGAUACGCGUACUUGAAAUUUAUCCGUCGGCUCUUAAUAAAAAGAUCUACACCAAAAGCGCUGAAGAAAUAUAAGAAAUUUGGCGGGAAAAAGUUAAAAGUGUCAUGGCGACGAAAAUAUUAAGCUGGUUGGCAGUUUUUACAGUAAUCGGGUUAUGUGGUUGCCAGAAAAACAAUACGAAUUUACGAAUUCCACGUUCAUUCGACCAUCACGGAAUCUGCAAAAGUAUGUUCUGCAACACAAUAGAAGCUUUGAGUAGAUUGAAGAAUUGUACCGUUAUUCUGGGCAACCUACACGUUGUGGUUCUUGAGAGAACCAAGCGGGAUGAUUUCGAAAAUGUUUCAUUUCCUCAACUCAAAGAGAUUACAGGUUUCCUGUUGGUAUACCGAGUACGUGGUUUGGAAAGUUUAGGUCAAUUAUUUCCAAACUUAAUAAGGAUCCGGGGUAAUCAUCUUUUUUACAACUAUGCCCUCAUUAUUCACGAUAUGCCGAAUCUUAGAGAGAUCGGACUAUACAAUCUUCUCAAGAUCGAUAGAGGAGGUGUUAUCGUAUGGGGGGCCACACAAGCUUGCUGGAUAGAUACUGUCGACUGGCAAGCGAUAGCGCCUGGAUAUAGACAUGUUCUAGACGUGGACAAGCAUGCUCAGUGCGACAUUGCCUGCAGAUGUUCACGGAACCCAGUUACCAAUCGCUGUUGGAAUAUCAAAAAGUGCCAACGUUUCCUCGACGGGCCAGAAGGUGAAAAAUGUAAAAGCCAAUGUCUCGGUUGUCGUAAGACAAAUAGCAGCGAUUGCUCUGUGUGCCGACACUACACGUUCAGGGGGCAAUGUGUCUCCGACUGUCCCAAUGGAACAGUGGUUUUACCUGCAAAUUCAUAUUGUUUGCCCGAUGAGGAAUGUGUUAAGAUCGGCGGAUGGUCCUGGAAUAAUACUUGUGUAUUCGAAUGUCCAUUGAAUUACGUGAAAGUAAAUAUAUCAAACAUCUCCACCUGUGAAUUCUGUAAAAACUGUACAGAGGUAUGCGGCAGUCAGUUAAUUAAAAACCUAGAAACGAUACAGCUAGCAGGUCGCUGUAUCUACAUUAACGGCUCGUUGACAAUUCACGUGUCAUCCAUACCAGAAGCCGUGACCGAGUUGAGACUGUACCUCAGUGAAUUGAAAGAGGUAUUUGAGUACAUACUCAUUUAUGGUUCCGUUCAAAUGACGUCAUUAGAUUUCAUGCCUUCACUCAGACGGAUUAGGGGACAAAAGUUAGAAAGCGGAAGAUUCAGUCUUGUUGUAUACAAUAUGCCAAACCUUCAGUCGCUAUUCAUAGGUAAUGUUACACAGAAUCUAAAAGUUGAUAACGGAACGGUGAAUUUCUAUGGAAACCCAAUGCUAUGUAUGCGGCAUAUAGAGGAACUAUUAAAAGUAUUUCCAACGCAACCAAAUGAAAUUGAUCUACUUCAGGGUAUGAACGGAUACAGCGGUGGUUGUCAAGAAAUAUCUUUGGAGCUUCGUGUUGUUGUAAUAAAUGAAACAUCAGCGCUUGUCAGAUUUCUACCCAUAUCCGAUCCUUUUGUGCAAUAUACAAUCCUUUACGUAUUAUUACCUCCAGGUAAUUCUACGAAAUUCGUACCGGAGAGUUGUAGCGAAUCGGAAUGGUUUGUGUUAGACGUUCCAACUGUAUCUAACCAGCUAGUGGAAAUUCAACUAACAUCAUUGCACCCAGCUUCUAAUUAUGCAAUUUGUGUUGAAACGUAUGACCCUGUUCAUCGGAAUCUUGCAAGAAGUUCAAUUCUUAGUUUCCAGACCCAUAUUGGAAAACCGCAACCACCGUUCAUCUUGGAACUAGUCGCCUCUUCAUCGCAAAAUGUAGUUAUACGUUGGGUAGAUCACAAGGAUUAUAAAUCUCAUAUCGUACGUUAUGAAUUGGAUGUGAAUUUAAUAGAAAUUCGUUCUAAAGAUAUUGCAGCAAGAGAUCACUGCAAACACAAAGAUGAAGAUUACGAUGAACUAGACUAUUCAAGACAUGCGGUUGUUUCGAGACCGCCUCCAAAUUACGACAAGGGUUGCAAAUCUAUGUGCGGAGUUCUAUCAUCAGUAACAGAAGGAGCUUUGAUUGAAGAACAUUUUGAUAUAUGCAGCAGUUAUACUUUAGACUGUGACUCCGAAAAUAUCAUAAGAAAGAAUGAAACUUAUGGAAAAUAUAUUAAAAGUUCAUCGAUUAAUAUAAAUAGGCCUGGAAACGUAUACCAAGUGGGAGGACUAGCACCAUUUCGUGAUUACAAAUUUAAUUUGCGAGCUUGCACGGACAGUCAUUGCAGUAGAUCGGCCAGAAAUGUUGUAAGAACGUUACGUAAGAAAGAUGCAGAUAUUCCAAUUAUCACUUUUUCUGAUGCGAAUUCAGACGGAUUCAUAACUGUACAUUGGAAUCCACCUAUCGAAACGAAUGGUCCCAUAUUAUCCUAUAACAUAGAGGUUUUGCCGAAAUUGAGUUCAAACGAUAUUAAUUAUUUAAUUCCUCAAUCGUGGUGUACAUCUAGAAAUAAGACAAGUUUGACAGUAAAGUCUGAAUUAGCCAAAAAAUAUAUUGUAAGAGUGUGUACAACGACUUUGGGAUCGAGUAAAUCUUGUAGUGAAUGGAAAAAGACACUUGUGACUGUAACGACAAAAAAAGUUCCGACGUGGUGGUGGAGUGGUAUUUUUUAUGGUGUUCUUUUGUACUUUAUUUCUACAGCAUUUGGAUGGUUUUUCAAUAAGAGGAGAGGUAAUACAGAUAGAAUGCUGUUGAUAGACAACGGCUUGAAUUAUGCGAAUGAAACGGAUCCUCCUAGUUUCAUGAUGAGAGAUUUAGCACCGAGUUAUUCCAUUCCAUUACGUGAUACGCCGCUAGAUUAGAACGAAUAAGUUAUUUUAUUUUGUGGAGUUUUUAAUGUCAGUAUUGUACGAGUCUAUUUGUUUUGUUAACAGAUUCUUCAUCAUUAAAGUUCUCUAUAUUUUC